AUGCUCCAGUCCCCACAUCUCCUCUCCGCAAGUCUCGCCCUGUCAGCUUCAAGCCUAGCAUCAAGAGGCGUCGAAGAGAUAGAAGGAACAAAUAUCUUCCGAGUGACGGAGCAUUUGCAAUCUUCUGGCUUACCUCUUCUACGAUCAGCGUUGGAAAAAGGUCAGCAGAGUGAAAUUCUUAUUGCUACUUGUCUUAUUUGGUGUCUUGCCGAUGUGUUCUCUGGACAACAGGGAAUGACAAGGUGGCCUGUUCACUUGAGAGGGAUCAAGGCGUUGUUGAGAGGGCAAAAGAAAGUCGAUAGUGGUGAUUUGGCACUGAGGUCUGCGAUGAAGCACCUUUAUAUGCUUUAUCGGGCUUUGGAAACGCUACCUCAUGUGCCCUCACUGGGGCUUAUCGCCCCAUCGCCGGGAGGAAAGACGAAUCUCGGUGUCUCGAUUUUGCCUGCGGCCAACUCACAAAUAGACGGGUUUCUAGGCUACAGUGAAGAACUUCUCGACAUUCUACAGCAGAUCAAUUCGCAAACACCUGCAGACGCUGAUGUCCUGCUUGAUCGACUGAACACUAUCAUCAGCCGAGACGUCAAACACCCACCAAGUGUAACAAUCUCAUCACUCUCAUCCCAGUCAGGCCGUGAAUUCGCACUCUGCAACAAGGUCUUCCAGCAAGCAACCCUGAUCCAACUAUACAGACAACUAUACGGUCUUUCAUCCGCAUCCGAGCCGAUAAGAUCAGCCAUCGAAACUAUUAACGGAAUGAUAAGUAAUAUGGCACAAGGCGAGCCCUGCCACACAUGGGUCGCAAUGGCUAUGCCUUUGUUCACGGUUGGUUGCGAGGCGUACAAGGAAGAUCAGAAGAACUUCAUCUUGGAUAAAAUCCACAAACUGGAGAAGUGCAUUGGUUCCUUGCAUGUCAAGGUCAUUGAGCAGGCUUUGAGGGAUAUUUGGAAGUUAAGACAAGACUUUGAAGAUUUUGAGGGUGAUUUAUGCUCUGGAUAUUUACUUGAGAAACUGUCAUAUAACAUUGUUCUGUUCUAG